AUGAUCUUCCAUCUCGCACUGGCGCUGCUGCUGGCACGCCUUGUAGCUACAAAUGAGUUCCAUGUCCCUGAUGGCGGCUACGAAUUCGUCGCUGGUGAACCGACGACAAUCAGCUGGGACCCCACCACUCCCAAUGGAACCGUGACUCUGGAACUGCUCUGGGGGAAUAUACUGGGAUCUACCGACUCCGAUGAGAUCGAGUCAAAUGUCCCCAACGAUGGAAGCUACACCUGGACCCCUCCGGACGACCUCCCCGAUUUUUUAAACUACACGAUUUGUCUGACCCCGGACCAGCCGCCGCAAAAUUUCGAGUGCAUGCCGCGAUUCUCGAUCGCAGGACUGGGGAACUCGACGGACGAAGAACCUUCCAACACACCCUCUCCGACGGCUUCCGACGGUUCUGAAGAAACUGGUCGCGGCGCAGAUGAUGGCGUUGACGAAGAAUCUACUGGGGAGAGUGGAGGUCUUCCAGGAGCUGGAAAAGCUGGGAUUGGCAUUGGCGCUGGGGUGGGCGUUUUGAUCCUCAUCUUCGCUGGCUUCUACUGCGGUCGCCGGCGAAAGAAAUCUCAAAGCGAAAGAACGAACCAGCAGCCUGACAUUCUACUGACCUCGACGACAUACACACCGACUGGGCUUGUUUCAACAGGUGUCUCAGCAGCCGAGGCCCCUGCCAGCGAAGGAUUGAGUGAGCUUGACACAAAAUGGAACGGGACGCCGCAGCUAACUGAGCUGCCUGGUCGUCAUAUCCGCGAGAUGGGCAAUACCGCACCAGGGUAUGGAUCCGCAGAGUUACCAGGUCGUGGGCUUCAAGAGCUUGAUGGAUACGGACGGAAUGAUUCGAGAGAGGCCGUUGAGCUGCCGACUAUUGAGCAUAAGUUUGUGUGA